AUGAGAGUUAUUGACGUCGUCGUGGAAUUGGAUCUCCGCCAGGCCUCCAGCUGCUCCGAUCUCAACACCACCUCCUUCAUCCGCCGCUUGAUCCUCGCCGAGAAGCCGAAUCUCAUCGUCUUCACCGGGGAUAACAUAUUCGGAUUCGAUGCGAGCGACGCGGUGAAGUCAAUGAACCAGGCGUUUGGUCCUGCAGUUAACUCCGGCAUCCCGUGGGCGGCGGUGCUGGGGAAUCACGACCAGGAGUCGACUCUGUCGAGGGAAGGUGUGAUGACGCAUAUAGUGGGGAUGGAGAACACGCUGUCACAGCUGAAUCCAGGCGGAGCUCACGUCGUCGAUGGAAUGAAAUUGGCUUUUUCCCUCUCUAUUUUUGGGAGGAGUUUGAAUUUGUGA